AUGACGUUAGAUAGCGAUAACGAGUUCGGCUACGAUUUCUCUGCCGAGGAAGAAGAAUUGCUCCUUCAACUGUCUGCUGAAAAUAACAACAUCCCGAAUAACGCAGAGAUCGCAGCUAUAGACUCUGUUCCUGAGAGGCACGAUAGUCUGCACCCUCAAAAUGUCGCUGGCGGCACAUCAACUUCUGGCGUGGACCGCCUUCAGACAGAGUCCACGAAUACUCUGUACAGAGGCAAGGCUUUCCAUCAACUCGACACGUCUUCUGGUCUGCCAACGCCGCCACCAGCUUUAUCCUCGAUCGAGGACGUACUCUACCCGGAUUUGAGCAAAGCCUUGAAGGAUUUGAAACCAAAGCCACCUCCAGAAUCAGAAUCAAGUGUCACUCCGACACCAGCAACUGAGGCCAAUGAGGCUGAUCAGUACGAUGAUGGCCGUUCACCUCUGCAACGGUUCAGGUCAUAUCCUAAGAGACCAUUGACCGUGACCGAUCUUACGUCUGGUGCUUGGUGCGAGCUGCAGUACUGGUAUACCCUCACCCGCUUACCUGGAGGUCGAAGAACCAGAACAGCAGCCAUGAAGCAAGGAACAAAAGUUCACAAAAAGCUUGAGGAUGAAGUCCACACUACAGUUCAAAUUGACAUCAUGACCAAGGAAGAUGCAUUUGGACUCAAACUGUGGAAUCUGGUCCAAGGACUCAGAACCUUGCGAGACACAGGACUCACUCGUGAACUCGAAGUAUGGGGCAUGAUUGAUGGGAACCUCGUCAAUGGAGUCAUCGACAGCGUGAGCUACGAGAACCCCAAUCCUGAAUUUGAAGCAGAGCUCUCUAGUCAAGAGCCUGACACGACCGGACGGCAAUCCUCAUUGACUGACUACUUUCCGCCAAAAAACACGAAUCAUAAGAAUGACUCGGGGCCAAAGAUUUAUCUUGCGGACGUCAAGACUCGCGGAUCAUUUUCUCCUGUUUCCAACGCUCAAAUACGGCCUGCAAAGAUUCAGUUGCUCUUGUAUCAUCACUUCUUGUCUAAUAUGGCUGCUGGAAAACUAGAUUUCUUCAAAGUCUUUCGGCGAUACGGACUUGAUCCAGAUGACGCCUUUUCAGAUACUUUCAUCGCCCAAGUCGGUAGCCUGCACGAUGAGAUCUUUGUGGAUGCAUCAGAAACAGAAACGGAGUUCACCCAAGAACAUCCUUCCUCGAGUUUCCAGAGCUCUUCUUCAGCAGGGCCAGAUCUGUUGCAGUAUCGAACUCUACGCGAACUCAUUCCUCUUGUCGAGCAUGAGAUAGGGCUCACUUUCCCUCAGGGCGAACACUCCCUUGGCCACAUGCUCCGAGUUCAAUACGUCCACCGCAGUGAUGGUCGUGAGAUCGAUCUUCACGACUUUCCUGUUUCGAGACAAGCUUUGGAGACCUAUCUUGCUAACUACAUGGAUUGGUGGAAAGGGAAACGCGAUGCAAGAGGCGUCGAUAUAGAGGAAGCGUUCAAGUGUAGAACAUGUGAAUUUGCUUCCGAUUGUUCGUGGCGUCAGGGCAUGGAUGAUGAGAUGUUACAGAGAGCCAGGGCGCAGCAAAAGAUACGGGCUACGCGUCGGGCGCGUAGCAAUGCUGCGUAA